AUGCGAUUGGGACGUAUUGCGCAAAUGUCUACUGGUAAUUAUGCCCAGCGGGUGAACCGCAAACAUGGAAUUCUCUUCACAGCUGGUCCACUUUGCACCUCAGCCUCUGUUCGUGCGGCCCAAAUGGACGAUUACGGCAGUCGUGAUAACGAUUUUCUCCAAUCCGUGGCUGAACUCCGACGGGAUGUAUUGAAGAUCGCCGCUGCUCCCGAGAAGGACUGGGCGUGUGUGCCGAUGCAGGGAAGUGGUACGAUGGGGAUUGAGGCGGUGAUUAACAGUAUUAUAUCUCCACAAGAGACUGGGGCUUUUUUGGUUUUGCGCAAUGGAGCCUAUUCCUAUCGAAUGGCAUCUAUUGUAAAGAAACGUGGAGGGGCGAAAUUAAUGACAUUUGAUUGGGAAGAAGGUGUAGAUAUGAAUCUUGCCGCAUUUGAGGCUCAACUUCGUGAGUUCUCUGGUCCACUCACAGCCGUGGGUGUGGUUCAUAGUGAAACCAGUACGGGAAUGUUUAAUCCUAUUCAUGAGAUUAGUGAUAUGGUUCGCCGUUAUCGUCCAGAAGCGACAAUUCUCAUGGAUGCGAUGAGUUCAUUUGGGGCGGUGGAUUUCCAUGUUCCUGAUGUCUGUGAUGUAUUGGUCACUUCUGCAAAUAAAUGUAUUCAAGGUGUUCCUGGUUUUUCACUAGUAGUGGCGCGUAAAUCAUUACUAGAGAAGUGUCGGGGAAACUCACCGAGUUUUACAUUAGAUAUCGUCAGUCAAUGGGAUGGACUGGAGAAGAGUGGCGGUCAAUUCAAUCAAACACCACCCGUGCAGGCAAUUGUGGCUUUUCAUCAGGCAUUGAAAGAACACGCAGCAGAAGGUGGUGUGUUGGCACGGGCCAAGCGAUAUAAAGAGAUGAAUACAUACAUUGUUAAACGCAUAACAGAGGAAUAUGGAUUUGAACUUUUUCUGGAUUAUACAAAGCCAUCCUAUGGAUAUAUUAUUACGGCUUUUAAAAGUCCACAGGUAUCUAAUUGGAAUUUUACAAAAUUUUAUGAUGGAUUAAAGGAAGAGGGAUUUGUAAUUUAUCCUGGAAAGGCAUCCUUUGCAGAUACUUUUCGUAUUGGUACUCUUGGUGAUAUUCACAUGCCAGACUGUGUGGCUCUCAUGGAUGCUGUUGGAGUGGUAUUGAAGCGAAUGAAUGUCUCACUUAAAGCUUAA